CCCCAACUCUUUGCAAAAGUGUUGCCACGAUGGAACCGCACAGUCACAAUUCUUUCAAGCAUUUAGAUGUGCAUACGCAUAUACACAGCGGCAGAGUUCAGCCGCUACCUCCGUCAGGUUCAUUGCCUCCAAAGCCGGCCUGGAGCCCCGCUGGCUCAAAAGAUUUAAGUAGUCAAACAUCAAGAAGCAGCAGCCGUGAGGACUUCACGAUGUCGAAGCCCCCUCCGGCAGGUUGGACUGUUGAUAAACAUACCGAUACUCCGGACGUGGAGCACGGAAAGCCGCUUGUAAACUUAGAAUUACGGAAGCAACCUAGCGCUCAUGUGGAUAUGCUCCCACCGCCUCCCAAAGCCGCUUCGGAGCCCUCCACUGCAAAGGAUGAGUGGGUGCGCGGCGAUCCGGGACCGUUCGGUCUGCUGUGCUUCGGUAUGACCACAUGCAUGCUCAUGUUCGUCACGACUGGCUGGACCGACAAGCAUUUCAUUCCCACUGUCUUCUGCUACGCGAUGUUCUACGGCGGCUUCGGGCAGUUUGUGGCCGGCGCGCUGGAGCUGAUCAAGGGCAACACCUUUGGCGGCACUGCCUUCGCCUCCUACGGCGCCUUCUGGAUGGGCUGGUUCCUGCUUGAGUACCUGUCGAUCACCAACAAAGCAAUGUUCCCUGGCGUCCAGAGCGGCAAGUCCCUGUGGUGCGGUCUGUGGGCCGUCCUGACCUUCGGCUUCUUCAUCGUGACCUGCCGCAAGAACGGCUGCCUGAUGACCAUCUUCAGCACGCUGGUCAUCACCUUUUCGCUUCUGUCGGGCGGCGUGUGGGACCCCCGCUGCGAGCAGGCUGCGGGUUACUGGGGCUUUUUCUGUGGGUCCAGCGCCAUCUACGCGGCGUUCGCUUUCCUGUAUAAGGCUGAGCUGGGGAUUCUGCUGCCCGGCGUGCGCCCUGUGCACUUCAUCUAGUGCAGGCUUACAAUGAAUAGCAAGGGUGCUGGGGCGGCGAUGUGCAAGUGUGCGGGAUGCCCUUUACGACAGCUGUGCACGGUAGCUCCCAACCAUGGUUGAGGGCUUCCAACUUGACCUGCUAUGUGUUUGCAGUGGCCAAAGGUAGCGUCAAUCUUGUGUCAUUGGUAGUGUGAUUUACUUAAUUGGUACCUCGUAUAAGGCUAAUAGCAUGUGUAUGAUAUCCGAGUACCCUAAUGCUUUGCGGCCAGUGACGGGCAGCCUAGACGAUUACCGGACUGAGUGAGCCCAGCCAUUCUGUACUAAGGAAUGUGCCACUUCUGUGGUCAGACAAGCCGAAUGGCUGCAUCUGGGAAUAAAACGGGCGUAUGCGGUUGUACUGGUGCUGUGUGUAACGUCGCUUUAUUAUCAGCGGCGCUUGGGGUAUGACUGUAUGAGCAGUGGUUUGAAGGAGCUUAAACAAUUAAUUUUGUUUACAAGGUUGUCUCUUGCUUUGUUAUUUAGGCAGAGGCACCCGGAGCAACCAGGCAGCCCUGGGAGCAACCGGCUUGGUGUGUGCGAUGGGACAGGAUUAAGGCAGGUUGGUGAAUUCAAGUGCACGCCCCCUGGCCCCUUCUGGGCCGUGGCAACGUCCCUUUACCGACACAAGUCAAUAACCGACAAUGCUUUAAGGGGGUCCCUUGCAUCAGGCCCCCAUUCACUGUUGCCCUUCCGGAAAUGAGGCCGGAAGUGAAACCAGCUGAGGCAGUCUGAGGCCGACACUUGGCGCAAGCCAAGCAGGGCUUGCAUCUUCGGGGAGCGGCAAGAAGCGGGCCCCAAGAAACUAGGCAUUUUUGGGCUCCCGGAUGCCGUGGGCGAGCGAUGGGACAGGGUUUAGGCAGGUUGGCGAGGUCCCGUAGGGUGCAGCUGACGCCCAUACCCCAAGCAGACGGCAAACAAGUUGCAGCGGCAGAGCAGAAGUGCAUGGCUGGUCGAAUGCGGAUGCCGUGGGCGAGAACGUGGGUAGGGCCCUUCUCGCCUGCGGUGGCGGCCCACCCCUGGAAGACGCAAGCCAUGAACCCAAGCCGAGUGGGCACUUGCGGAAGCAGCUCUGGUGGCACCUUUGCAUGUGCCAGCAAGUGGUUUGUUGACAUUGCAAGCGGAUGCGGAUGGCUGAGCCCAUGCCGCAUGCCAAGGGGCCCCCGUCACCCAGCUGUGCCCAGGCAGGCAAACUUUGGCAUGUUCCGAUGACAUUCGUGCCAGGGUGGCUACAGACGCACAAAGUUCUGGAGCACGACAUUUUCCAUACAGCAUGCCCAUCACCUUCAAAGCUCUGGAGCAGCGGAGUGCGCUGGGGGCCACGACGGUUUCGAUUGAAGCUGGCCGAGCAUCGACUGGUCAACUGGUCAACGCCGCGGCAUAUGUAAGCAUAUGUUAUCUACUUGUAACAUCGCAUACCU